AUGGGGGGCAAGCUGGUGGGCCGACUGUGGGUCGGCGGCGUCCUCUCGCUCAUCUCCUUCAUCGGCUUCUCCUCGCAAAUCUGGGUCGUCCUCCCCUCGUACGGCUGGGACUGGACGGAUGCGGAGCUAUGGCGGAUACUGGCACCCUUCAACGCGCUCCUUGCGCUUGUCUUCCUCAACUACGGCUUGACGGCGCGGACUGAUCCCGGCACGGUGCCGCAGGGGUGGGAACCUGACUGGCGGCUGGUCGAGGCGGGACAGGUCGAGGUGAAUAAGCGCACGGGCGGACCGAGGUUCUGCAGGACUUGUCGAGUAUACAAGCCGCCUCGAGCCCAUCAUUGUCGGCAAUGCGGACGGUGCAUUCUGCGGAUGGACCACCACUGUCCCUGGGUGAACAACUGCGUCGGCCACCACAACUACGCUCAUUUCCUGCGCUUCCUCUUCUUUGUCGACGUUGCGUGUUCGUACCACCUGUGGAUGAUCUCAACACGAGCUUUCCAGAGCCUCGCUUUCAGCGGCAACCCAACGACAACUCAAGUCGUGCUCCUCAUCCUCAACUAUACGGCCUGCCUUCCCGUCCUUAUCGCAGUCGGCAUCUUCUCGCUCUUGCAAUUCUGGUCGCUCUUCACCAACACCACAACGAUCGAGUCGUGGGAGAAGGACCGGGCGGCGUCGCUCAAGCGGCGUGGGAAAAUUCGAGAGUACAAAUACCCCUACCACCUCACCUACCUCCAGAACAUCCAGUCGGUGCUCGGAAAGAACCCGCUCUUCUGGUGCUGGCCGCAACCGACGCCGGGAGACGGACUGGCAUACCCAAUCGCGCAAGGCGCAGAUGCGAAAGACCAGCUCGCUUGGCCACCUCGCGACGAGUUCCAGCCGUACAGCCGGAAACGAGCUCGCCCUCUCCCGCCGCCUGAAGAAGCGUUCACGUACGGCAACGACCUCAACCCGGCGCUUCUGCACCACCGCGAGGCCGGUGUAACGCAAAUUGGUCAAGCUGGACUCGAAGAAGCCGAGGACGCGGUCGACAGCGGGCUCAGGCGGCGACAGGUCUUGGCGGGAGCAGCACGUCGGCCACCGUACCAGGAGCAGGACGACGAGUCUGAAGGCUCUUCGUCGUACGACGAGACGACGAGCGAGGAGGACGAGGAAGACGAUGUCCCGCUCGGCACGCUUGCAGCCCGACGAGCUCGCGCAGCAGCAGCAAGCGGUGGCGGUGUUGCGGCUGAGGAGGAGGCCGCUGCGGACGAGGAGGAAGAGGAGGACCUGGAUCCUGAGCGAGUCGUCCGGAUUCGGCGCGGAAGCGAGGGCUACGAGAUUCGGCCGCGACUGGCAGAUCCUUCCUUCCAAGAUCGCACACCAGCUUCGAGGGAUGACACGAGUACGGAUGAUGAGGGCUGGGAACGGGUUGAGCAGGAGGGCGAACUGCCCACCGAAGCCUCUCGCCCGCAGGCGACGGAAGACUCGCUGCGACGCAGGCCGUCGCGCGUGUUGUACGUGGAGGGAGACUGA